AUGGCAGAUGCCUUUUUCUUUCUCCUAUUAUUCCUCAAACUCUUCCUUUCCAACUCCAAUCCAGUAGCAAAUCCUCAGUUUCCAUGCAAACCACCGAACCAUAACUCCUACUCCUUCUGCGACAAAUCCUUACCUAUCACAGAAAGAGCUCAGUCUCUUAUCUCUCACUUAACUCUCCAAGAAAAGAUCCAACAACUCUCAGACAAUGCCUCAGCGAUCCCAAGACUUGGCAUCCCACACUAUGAAUGGUGGUCUGAGUCUCUCCAUGGAAUUGCUAUUAAUGGCCCAGGUGUGUCCUUCAGCAAUGGAGGAACGAUUACUUCAGCCACUGUUUUCCCUCAAGUUAUCGUCAGUGCUGCUGCUUUUAAUAGGACUCUUUGGUUCUUGAUUGGAUCAGCUAUUGCCAUUGAGGCUAGAGCUAUGUAUAAUGUUGGGCAAGCAGGGUUGACCUUCUGGGCACCUAAUAUUAACAUUUUUAGGGACCCCAGAUGGGGAAGAGGCCAAGAAACUCCUGGUGAGGAUCCUAUGGUGGCUUCUGCUUAUGCUAUUGAGUUUGUCAAGGGUUUCCAAGGAGGGAAUUGGAAAAGUGGUGCUGAGAAUGAGAGCGCUGGUAGACGUGAAAUUGGACAGCAGAGGGUACUGUUACGAGAGGAUGGUGAAAAUAAUAAUGAUGGGCUUAUGCUCUCCGCUUGUUGCAAGCAUUCCACUGCUUAUGACUUGGAGAAAUGGGGCAAUUUCAGCAGAUAUUCAUUCAAUGCUGUGGUUACAGAACAAGAUAUGGAGGAUACAUAUCAGCCUCCGUUUCGUAGUUGCAUACAACAAGGUAAAGCAAGCUGCUUAAUGUGUUCAUAUAAUGCAGUUAAUGGGGUGCCUGCUUGUGCAAGAGAGGAUCUCUUACAAAAACCUAGGAAAGAAUGGGCAUUCAAGGGAUACAUCACCUCAGAUUGUGAUGCUGUGGCCACAAUUUUUGAAUCUCAAAACUACACCAAAAGCCCCGAGGAUGCAGUUGCUGUUGCUCUUAAAGCAGGAAUAGAUAUUAAUUGUGGAACAUAUGUGCUACGGAACGCUCAAUCUGCUAUCGAGAAGGGUAAGUUGCAAGAGAAGGAUAUAGACCGAGCUCUUCUCAAUCUUUUUACGGUUCAACUCAGACUUGGGCUGUUUGACGGAGAACCCAGUAAAGGGCAGUUUGGAAAACUUGGACCUGAAAAUGUCUGUACCAAAGAGCAUAAGACACUAGCACUUGAAGCAGCAAGGCAGGGAAUUGUGCUUCUGAAAAAUGAUAAGAAAUUCCUGCCUUUGAAUAAGAAAGCUGUUUCUUCCUUGGCUAUUAUUGGUCCACUGGCAAACAAUGCAAGCAAUUUGGGUGGUGACUAUACAGGAUAUUCAUGUGAUCCACAGAGUCUUUUUGAGGGACUUAAAGCCUAUGUAAAGGAGACUUCUUAUGCCAUCGGUUGCCCUGAUGUAGCUUGUGAUUCUGAUACUCAGUUCCAUAAAGCAAUACUUGUUGCCAAAAGAGCUGAUUUUGUAAUUGUUGUUGCUGGGCUUGACUUAUCACAAGAAAAUGAAGAUAAUGACCGAGUUAGCCUUCUGUUACCUGGUAAACAGAUGAGCCUUGUAUCCUCUGUUGCAGUAGCAAGUAAAAAGCCAGUGAUUCUAGUUCUUACUGGUGGAGGACCAGUUGAUGUAUCAUUUGCCAAAGGAGAUCCAAGAAUUGCUAGCAUUAUUUGGAUUGGGUACCCAGGUGAAACUGGUGCAAAAGCACUUGCAGAAGUCAUCUUUGGAGAAUAUAAUCCAGGUGGAAGACUGCCAAUGACAUGGUAUCCUGAGUCGUUCACUGAGGUACCGAUGAAUAACAUGAACAUGCGAGCUAAUCCUUCUCGUGGCUAUCCAGGAAGAACCUAUCGGUUUUACACUGGAAACCAAGUAUAUGGAUUCGGUGGAGGCUUAAGCUACACUAAUUUCACUUACAAUAUCUUGUCAGCACCAAGCAAGUUGAGUUUGUCAGGAUCUUUGUCAGCAACAUCGAGGAAGAGAAUCCUGCAGCAGGGAGAAGGGUUAAGUUAUAUACAUAUCGACGAGAUUACAUCUUGCAAUUUAUUGCGAUUCGGUAUGAAAAUUUCGGUCGAGAAUGUGGGAGAUAUGGACGGAGGCCAUGUGGUGAUGUUGUUCUCUAGAGUGCCAAAAGUUUUCAGAGGCACUCCAGAAAAACAGCUAGUUGGAUUUGAUCGAGUGCAUACUAUUUCCUACCGAUCUACUGAAACAAGCAUCUUGGUAGAUCCUUGUGAGCAUCUUAGCAUUGCAAACGAGCAUGGAAAACGGAUAAUGUUGUUGGGUGACCAUGUACUAAUCUUAGGAGAUUUGGAGCAUUUUGUUACAAUUCAAAUUUAG